AUGGCCAAUUUGCUAGCAAGCUAUCCCAACAUAUCAGAACUCUCAUAUGGAUUAAUUACAGUUUCUAGACCAGCUAGGAGGACUAGAUUGAUCAAUGGUGAGGGACAUAUUGGGUAUGUAGAGAUUAAGACCACAAAUUGUGUAGUGCAUUGCUCCAGUAGUAGUAGUGGUAGCUCAAGUAGUAGUACCUCAUCAACGGAGGAAGUGGGUUUUGUAGGGAGUGGAAAGUUUGGUAUUGAUAGUAAGGGAGAGUUCAAGUACUUGGUGAGUGAGUAUGGAUGGAAGGUCAGGAGUUUGUUUAGAAAUGGAGAUGAGGUAAGGAAGGCAGCUCAAGUUCAAGCUGAAGCAUUUCAUGAACCUGUGUUUCUCUUCAAUGAUCUGUUCUUCCAAUUCUUCCAGGCUGAAGUGUUAUCUGGGCUUGUAUAUAAACUUAGGAACUCACCCCCAAACAGGUAUGCUUGUUUAGUUGCUGAGCCUACGCCCAUGGACACUUCCGAGUCACAAGAACUCGUGGGCGUCGUGGAUCUCACGGCGUCAAGAGACCAGAAUGUACUAGAGCAUCUCCCACCUGAUGCUGAUGAGUUUCUUUAUGUGUCCGGCAUAGCUGUUCUCAAGAGUUUUAGGAGGAAGAAAGUAGCCACUGUUUUACUAAAAGCUUGUGACAUGCUCUCAGCUGAAUGGGGAUUUAAGUAUCUUGCUCUCCGGGCUUAUGAAGACGAUUUUGGUGCCCGGGAGUUGUAUGCAAAUGCCGGUUACCGGGUUGUCUCCAGUGAUCCGCCGUGGAUGAGUACUUGGAUUGGAAGAAAACGCCGUGUUGUUAUGAUCAAACAGAUUCUGACUUGAUAGUAGGGCUUCAAGUUCGUUGUAUGCAAAUGCUGGUUAUCGAGGUUCUGCCGUGGAUGAGUACUUGGAUUGGAAGAAAAUGCCGUGUUCUUAUGAUCAAACAGAUUUUGACUCGAUUGUUGGGCUUUGGUUCUUUA